ACAUCACCUUAUCAAUCUCACUCUGUCUGUUCUCUCGUUUCCGGGUCGCCUCAUAACAUCGACCGAGUUGACGCGGUUCUUUCUUUUUUCCCUUUUCUUACCCGAGUUGUCUCCACCAUGAAUGAUGGCGUGGAUCGCUCUCGCGCAUUUGUCAAAGAUGUUAAGCGUAUUGUUAUGAAGGUUGGGACCGCUGUUGUGACAAGAAGCGAUGGGAGAUUGGCGCUCGGGAGAUUAGGUGCUCUUUGUGAGCAGAUCAAAGAGUUAAACACUCAAGGCUAUGAUAUUAUUGUGGUGUCAUCUGGAGCUGUUGGCAUUGGUCGCCAGAGGCUUCGAUACCGGAGAUUAGUUAAUAGCAGCUUUGCUGAUCUCCAAAAACCACAAGUUGAACUUGAUGGAAAGGCAUGUGCAGCUGUUGGACAAAACAGUCUCAUGGCUCUUUAUGAUACAUUAUUUAGUCAGCUGGAUGUGACAUCAGCACAGCUCCUUGUGACCGAUAGUGAUUUCAGAGAUAAAGAUUUUAGAAAGCAACUUAAUGAUACCGUGGAAUCACUCAUAAAUCUGAGAGUUGUUCCUAUAUUUAAUGAAAAUGAUGCGGUCAGUACCAGGAAAGCUCCAUAUGAGGAUUCUUCGGGUAUUUUUUGGGAUAAUGACAGUCUAUCAGCUUUGCUUGCUUUAGAGCUAAAAGCUGAUCUUCUUAUCCUCUUGAGUGAUGUUGAGGGUCUUUACAGUGGCCCUCCAAGUGACCCACGCUCAAAGCUGAUCCAUACAUACGUUAAGGAGAAACAUCAGGGAGAAAUUACUUUUGGUGAUAAGUCCAGGGUGGGAAGAGGGGGCAUGACAGCCAAAGUAAAAGCUGCUGUCAAUGCAGCUUAUGCUGGCAUCCCUGUUGUCAUAACCAGUGGGUAUGCUCCGGAGAACAUAACUAAAGUCCUUCAAGGAGAGCGUGUUGGAACUCUCUUUCAUCAAGAUGCACAUUUAUGGACCCCAUUUAAAGAAGUUAGUGCGCGGAAGAUGGCAGUUGCUGCACGGGAGAGCUCCAGACGGCUUCAGGCAUUGACUUCUCAAGAGAGGAAAAAGAUUUUGCUGGACAUAGCUGAUGCUUUAGAAGCCAAUGAAAAGCUGAUCAUUAUUGAAAAUGAAGCUGAUGUUGAUGCUGCACAGAUAGCUGGAUUAGAAACAUCCUUGGUUGCUCGACUAGCUUUAAAGCCUGGAAAGAUUAAAAGUCUGGCAAACUCUAUUCGUGUGCUUGCAAACAUGGAAGAUCCAAUUGGUCAAGUUUUGAAAAGAACUGAGCUGGCAGAUGGACUCCUGUUAGAGAAGACAUCAUCUCCUUUAGGUGUUCUUCUGAUUAUUUUUGAGUCUCGACCAGAUGCACUGGUUCAGAUAGCUUCUUUGGCUAUUCGAAGUGGGAAUGGGCUACUCUUGAAAGGAGGAAAGGAGGCCAAGCGGUCAAAUGAAAUUUUGCACAAGGUCAUCACUGCAGCCAUCCCUGAAACUGUUGGUGGAAGACUUAUUGGACUCGUGACAUCAAGAGAUGAAAUUCCGGAUCUGCUCAAGCAUGAUGAUGUAAUUGAUCUUGUGAUUCCAAGAGGCAGCAAUGCACUUGUUUCUCAAAUCAAGGCAUCAACUAAAAUUCCUGUUCUGGGUCAUGCUGAUGGAAUUUGUCAUGUAUAUGUUGAUAAAUCUGCUAAUAUGGAAAUGGCAAAGCGCAUUGUUCUUGAUGCAAAAGUAGAUUAUCCUGCAGCCUGCAAUGCAAUGGAAACACUUCUUGUGCACAAGGAUUUGGUGCAUGCUGAUGGAUUCAAUGAAAUCACAGUUGAACUUCGCACCGAAGGUGUUAAUUUGUAUGGUGGACCAAGGGCAAGCAAGGAGAUGAACCUACCAGAAGCAUAUUCAUUUCAUCACGAGUAUAAUUCUAUGGCUUGCACAAUUGAAAUUGUUGAUGAUGUGUAUGCAGCCAUUGAUCAUAUACAUCAACAUGGAAGUGCGCAUACUGAUUGUAUUAUAGCUGAAGAUCAUGAAGUUGCAGAAGUUUUUCUACAUCAAGUUGACAGUGCUGCAGUUUUUCAUAAUGCAAGCACAAGAUUCUCUGAUGGGGCUCGAUUUGGCUUAGGUGCUGAGGUUGGAAUAAGCACAGGUAGAAUUCAUGCUCGUGGUCCUGUUGGAGUUGAAGGAUUGUUAACUACAAGAUGGAUUCUAAGAGGAAGUGGGCAGGUAGUGGAUGGUGAUAAAGGGGUCAUAUAUACCCACAAGGAUGUACCAUCAAGCGAACGGGUAUGCGCCUCACUCACACAAAAAAGAAGGCAAAUGAAGAGUUCGUACCGCGCUUGAAAAAUAAAAACAUGUUCUUAGUAUUCUACGACAAUGGUGAUGCUGCCUUCUUUAUUAUCGGCCAUCGCAUCUCAUCGUGUUAUAUCAUAGUGUUAUUUAAUGUUUUGCAUCCUCUUAUUACUAUGUAAUCCUACUUUAGGCAGGUCAUAAAUCCAUCUCAUUUCUUGACCUGAUGAGUGAUGAGUAUUAGUAAACUGCAGAUUAUGAUAAAGUUUGUAGCAUUUAGGUAGUAUGUGUACAACUGAGAAAUGUAAUCCAUUUUCCUAAAAUUAUGAGGUGAUUUUUUAGUUA